AUGGACGCACAGUAUCGCAUGUCGGCGUGUCGUACGAAGAAAUUGAAAUCUCUUCGGUUGAAUUAUACAUGUAUCAAUCCGAGAUUUAUCAACGGAAAGAAGACGUACGCUGAUACAGUAAAUACGAUUAUCAUCUGUUUCUGGAUGAUUAUUUCUGUUAGUUUACUUGCUCUUAUCUGUUCGCUUCUUCGACAUCCUUCCAGACAUGAUAUGGACGAAGAGCACAAACAUUCGAUCAUUAAUAUUACAAACAACAUCGAGUCACUUGAUGAGAAUCCAAGUAAACAGGAAUACGAAGUCGAAACAUCCUCGUUAUCAACGUUAACGUCAGUUACAAGUCAAACUGUUCCGCAAACAAAUUCAAAAAGCAUCGAUGUUAUCAAUGCUGAUCCAAUUACUGCAUGCGAAGCACUUCGUCAACAGAAUGAUGCACUUCGACAAGAACUACACGACAUUCGACGCGAAAUGGAUGAGAUUACAGACCAAUUUCGCACGGAAGAUGCAGAAGAAUUCAAACAAUUGCAAGCAGAACUGGAAGUUGCUGCGAAAAAUUGUCGAAUUCUUCAAUUUAAAUUACGCAAAGCUGAGAAACGAAAUGAAACUGUCGAAGCUGAAAAAGACAUUCUAGAAGAAAAAAUUCAACAAAUAAUCCGUGAUAAUCAACGCGUACGUGAUCUGGACGGAGAACUACUUGUAGCCAAAGAAGUUAGCGUUCGUUUACAUGGUGAACUUGAAAGAAGUGAACAAGCGAGAUUAUUGACGGAAAAAUUGAACAUUUCUCUCAAACAGAAUCUUGAUACAUUGAAAGAAUCACUCGACGAAAAACUUACACAAAACACCAAUGAAGAUUAUCAAUCAUGGCAAAUGUUCGUCUAUUUCUACGAAACUUUGUUUCGAGAGUAUAUGCUGAUGGAAGAAAUAACAUGGUUAAGUCUGAAGAACAACAGUUCUAAACUUCCGGAGAUUGUCACAAAUAAUCAUCGUAAUGAUCUAUCCGAUUUAAUGACAUCUUAUCAACAAAAGAUUAGUGCAUUGAAUGAUGAGAUUUACAAUCUGAAGAAUGAUGUUGACGAUCGUGAUCGAGAAAUUUCUCAGUUGCGUAUUCAAUAUAAGAUCUUAAAACAACGUAGUCAAAGUGUCGAUCGGAAUGGUUAUUCCUCUGGUGAGAAUGAAAACCAAACGAAUCGAUCGAAACGUGGAGUUAGCGUAGAUGCGGGUGGGCAUCUACGCGAGCAACUCGAUGCAUCGCAGGAUGAAAUUCGUCUGCUAAAGAACAAACUGCUCCGACUGGAAGAUGAAUUGAACAACUCCGUUCUGGAGAAAGAAACUCUAUUAACACAAAUUGAUCAACAGAGCAAACAAGGUCAGAAUGAUAUCAUGAACGAAGAUAUAAAAAUAUUUACGAAUAAAAUCAAUGCUUUAACAACCUUUUUAAAAGAAAAUAAAACUGACGAAAAGAUUGUUUCAGACAUUCAACACCUCAUUCGAUCAACACGAUGGAGUAAAGAAAUAACCGAAGAUCAAGUACAUAGUGUGUCAACGGUAACAAAAGCCAACCAGCAGGCGACUGAGACAAUCCAACAAGCGAAAGAUUUGUUUAAUCUUUUACAAGAGAAAUUGACGGUUCUCGAUCAAAUUCGUUAUCGAUUAACGAAUGUGACUAUUGAUUCGAAUGAUACCUACGCUCUGUUAGAAGAAUUGGAUACAACGAAAAAGCAUUUGGACGAACGACAGCAAAAGUUAAGUCGCCUACAAGUCUCAAUGGAUAAUCUUCAAGUCUCGUCGAAACAAAUGGAAGAGCAGUUACAAGUUCAACUGGAGAAAAAUCAAACAUUGGAGAAAACUUUGGAACAUCAACGGUUGGUCAAUAAUGAGUUAUUGCAAGAAAACACGCGUUUGUCGACGCUGAAUGCAAGGCAGUUACAGGAUUUGAAACAUGUCGAACAGUUGCGACAAUCGAUAUUGACCUUCGAGAAGAAACUGGACCAAAAACAAACGCGCGUCAAUGAGUUGUCGAUGAAAAUUAUUGAAAAGGAAGAUAUCAUCGAAACUAAAGUGAAAGAAUGUCAAAAACACCGACUGGAACUACGAGAACUAGAAGCGAAGUAUCAUACAUUAGGCAAACAGUUAGAAGAACAAAUAAUAGCAAUGACCAAAGAAAUGGAGAAGCUCAAUGCGGAGAAAGAAAUGCUCCGGUUUGAUUUAGAAUCGGUUCGGUUAACCCAACAGAAUGAUCGAUCAACAUCGGGAAGAUCAACAGUUGAAGAUGAAGUCCUUCGAGUUCAGUCGGAAUGCCGACAACAGAUUUUCGACAGUGAAAUCGAAUCGUAUAAACUUCGUCUAAACCAGGCAACCAGUGAAAAAGAAGAAUUGAUGAAAAUUGUUAAAGACCUCGAAAAGAAACAUAAAGAAUUACAAAAUAAAUACAAUGCGGACGAGCAAUCAUUGGCUCGAAUGAAGACAGACAUGGGCGAUAAACAACGCAAGUAUGACGAAAGUAUCAAGAUGAAAUCUGAAUUACAAAAUGCAGUGGAUCGUCUUCGCCAGAAACUGUACGAUCUCGAAGUUCAUUCUCAAGAGAAACAAAACAAAUAUACGAUUGACAAACAACAAUGGGAGGUUCAUCGACUUGAAUUAUCGGGCAAAAUCAAUGAAUUGGAAGAGCAAUUAUCCAAAGUAACAAAACGUCAACGAAAGGAUCUGGAAACGGCGUGGAAGAAAGAGCGAACAGAUUUACAGAAACAAUUGCAACAAUCUCAACAAGUCUUGAAGGAUAUGCAAAAACAAAUCGUCAAUCGCGAAGCACCCAGUCAUUUAACUGAGAAAAUCAAUGUUCUCAUGACCGAAAAUGAACUUUUACUAAAUAAAAUUCGCGAGUUGGAAAACAUUGUCGAUGACAUUCAACUGCUCAAGAAUGAAAUGCAACGUUUACGUGACAAGAAUUCCUCAGAUUGGAAUUAUUGGAGAAAACAGCAGAGUGAUCUCUAUGCUCAAUUGAGACAGCAGCAAUUCGCGAAAGAAGCGAUCCUGAACAAAUUCGACAAAUUACAAAAACAGAUCAAAUCAGGUGAUGGCAAUGAUCGUCUACUUCGUGAUAUUAGCGUUGGUCCUCUAUCUCUGAAUAGCUUUCAGAACGAAGCGACUAUUAAGACAAGUUUAUCGAAUUUCAGUCGCGAAACUUUCGGUGAUGAUAUUGAACUUCCCCAUGGAACUAUCGAUGUUCGAACAGUAAGUUCCAGUGAUAUUGCGGGUACGAUUGACGAUUCGAAAGUGCCAGCUGGAACGAUGAAUGAACAUGAUAAGCAAGAAACAUUCAAAAGAACUUAUUUCGCUCAGGAAAAUACGGCUGCUAGCCUUGAAGAGAUUGCAAUCAAAAUCGAUCGCGUGGAAGAUAAUCUGUUUUCCUAUCAGCGUUUUAUGGACUUCAUUCGCUCUAAAUCCGAGAAAGGUUCAUCAGUCGUUCGAGAUGAUAGUUACACUAAUCUUGCUCAACAGGCACCGACUGUCAUGAAUAGCAAACGUUUAGCCUCGGCACCACCAGAAAAUGUCAAGCAGCCAGUACAACAACGUCGAUCUCGAUUCGAUGAUAAUCCUGUCACGAGUUAUGAACAUAUUCCAUCGACAUCAGAUGGCCAUGAGCUAAACACAUCCGUGAUGUCACCGGGAACGAGUUCGAAGAAUCGAUUCUUCUCCUUGAGUCGUCGUUUUCGUUUUCGAACACAAUCACCUGACAAAACAUCGGCGACAUCAGCAUCUGUGCAUUUUCUUGAUCAAGAUAUUGAUCUAGAAACAAAAGAGCCAACACCAAGAAAAUCCGAUAAACCAUCGAAAGGAAUACUGAAAACACUUCGACAUCGAUCACCAUUUCGUUUUCGCUCCAAAGAUGCAGUUAUUGUUGAACAAGAACCUUCUCCUCCAUCCUCACAACCAUCUGCACCUGAACCUAAGGCAACCAAACCUAAAGCUGCUGCUUCUUCGUCAACAGCAUCAGCACCAGCACCGAAAACUCGGGGUCGAUUAGUCGAAUUGAAAAAAGUGGUACCUACAUCAAAAACAUCAUCCUCAAAUGGUACAUCGAAGAAAAUCGUCAAUGUCACUCCGAUUGUCGAUCCGUCUACAACAUCACUAGUACGACGCACGUCCGGCUUGAAAGAUCUUAUACAUCGAUUUGACACAACGCCAUCCAAACCGAAACGAAUUGUUAUCGAUAAUCCGUCUGCUACUGAAUCCAAUCCCGACGAGUAUUCACUAAGUUUAGAUCUUCCAAACGAUGAUCAAGUGACUGCAACGAAUAAAUCCAAAACUAUAGAUAUUCCAGAUCUAUUACAAAACGUGGAAAAAGAACCAGUAGCAACAUUAGCGAAACCUGUCUUGAAACAUUCGAACUCAAGUAAACAAACAACUUCAUUUGAUUCAACAACAAGUAUGAUCAGUGCGAAUGAUUCAAUUACGACUACAGGUAGUGCACGAAAACCUACAUCUACAGCACGUCCACUUAUGCUUUCCGUGGUGAGUUGA